AUGGAUAUUGUGAAAGAUGUUGAAGGUAACGGUAACGAAAUAGAUCCAGUAGAUGCGGGUAUAGAUAUCAUUAAAUCAACCGAAUCAAGCAUUAAAGAGUCAAUAGCGGAGGUAUAGUGUGAACAGCGAAAUAGGAAAAAAUUGUCUUUCUUUAGUUGUAAGUGUGUAUGAUGUUCUCAAGAUAGUUUUUUGUUUUCUGAAUAUUAUUUUUGGGUUAUGUUCAGAGUGAUGAGUUUUCAAGUGAAGAAGACAUAGAAACUGGCGAUAGAACACGUAAUAGAUUUCCUGAAGAAGUAUGUUUUUGUUGUUGUUGUUGUUGUUGUUGUUGUUGUUGUUGUUGUUGUUUUAUAUGGUUCGCAAUUGGUUGCUUUUGAAUUCUAGGAAUCUUGCUUCUUUCGUUAUUUGAGAAAUUGGUAUCUUAAAUUAGUUUAAUUUCUGCAAUUGUUUUAAAUUUUAUCAUAGCCCACAGAUAUGCAAGUUACAAACGAUAUGAUAAAUACUGAUGCGAAUACGAUAAUGUCAGACGAAAGCAUGACAGAAGAAUGCCAAUCGACAUCGAUGCCAUAUUAA